GAGCUGCGCUGACUAUCGGGAGCAAAUAGCGGCUCCGAGCUGCACCGGAAGACACACGGAGCCGAGCAGCGGACGCAUAACGAGCGCUCGCAGGAAACUUCGCCUCCGCUUCCAGCCAAAAGUCAGCCGAGCCCCCGCCGAGCACCAUGAGUGUCGGCGCCCCGCGAGGCCUGGCCAGCUCGGGGCAGAAGCACCUCGGCGACAUUGUCCACCCGCUGUCCGCCGCCGAGGAGCCUCUGUCCCCGGGGCCACAUGUCAGCCUCACCGCGGGGCCGGAUGUCGGCGUCACCCUUGGGGGCCACAAGGAGGCAGGGUUGUCCAACGGCACGCCAGUGGACACGCCGAGUCCCGCCUCUGCGUCCUCACUGUUCAACAGGCUACAGCUGGACGACGACCUGGAAUCCGACCCACGGGACCACUACGUUUCCACUGAAACCCGUGAUCUGUUUGUCACGGUGGACGACCCAAAGAAGCACGUCUCUACCAUGGAAACCUACAUCACCUACCGAGUGUCCACAAUGACGACACGGAUGGAGUUUCACCUGCCCGAUUAUUGCGUGCGGCGACGAUAUCAAGACUUCGACUGGCUGAGGAUGAAGCUGGAGGACAGCCAGCCCACCCACCUCAUCCCCCCUUUACCAGAGAAGUUUGUGAUGAAGGGCGUGGUGGAUCGUUUUUCGGAAGAGUUUGUGGAAACGCGCAUGAAAGCGCUGGAUAAGUUCCUCAAACGGGUUGCAGACCACCCGGUCCUCUCCUUCAAUCCACAUCUUAACGCUUUUUUGUCUGCCAAGGACCUGAACAAGCGCCAAGGCCUGGCACUGCUCACCAAAGUGGGCGAGUCAGUGAAGCACGUGGCCGCAGGAUACAAGCUGCGGGCACGGCCUCCAGACUUCUGCGCCAUGGGAGAGUACCUCGACACAUUCAGCCAGAAACUGGGGACCAUCGACCGCAUCGCUCAGCGAAUCCUCAAAGAGCAGUCAGAGUACCUGACAGAGUUGCGUGAGUACAGCACCAUGUACUCCAGCUGGGCGGGCUCGGAACAGGAGCUGCGGGGUCCCCUGGAGGGUGUGGCCAGCUCUGUGACCACGUCCUGCGGGGCCAUGGACGACCUUAGUGAGAACAUCUGCCAGGAGAUCCUGCCCGUGCUAAGAGAGUACAUCCUUUACAUCGAGUCCAUGAAGAACGUUUUGAAGAAACGCGACCAAAGUCAGGCAGAGUACGAGGGACGCCUGGAAGCGGCCAUACUGCGCAAACAAGAGGACAAAACGCCCAUGCCGGCUGAGGUGGAGCGCUGCCAGGACAAGAUGGAGUGUUUCAAUGCUGACUUGAAGGCCGACUGGGAGCGCUGGCAGGGCAACAAGCGACAGGAUUUCAAGCAGCUUCUGAGUGGCAUUGCAGAUAGAAACGUCAACUACUAUGAGAAGUGCCAAACCGCGUGGGAGUCGCUGGUUGAUGUCCUGCAGGACAAACAGACUGAGGACCAACCGAGUCCUGUAGGACAAACAGACUGAGGACCAGCCAAGUCCUGCAGGACAAACAGACUGAGGACCAGCCAAGUCCUGAAGGACGGACUGACUGAGGACCAGCCUAGUCCUGAAGGACAGACUGACUGAGGACCAGCCUAGUCCUGAAGGACGGACUGACUGAGGACCAGCCAAGUCCUGAAGGACAAACAGACUGAGGACCAACCCAGUGGGACAGACUGAAGCAUUUUUUCUUUUUGUCACCCCAAUAAUGACUGAGGACUUUUUCCUUGAUGGAAGUUACUUUGGGACCAAUGAGAGAAGAGACAUUGUUUUUGAAGUUGUUGCUCCAUUCCUUUCUUUCUUACCUCAUCUCACCUGCUAACAGUUGCCAAGCUAAGAAGGUAUGUGUCAGUCUUUUCUACUUUCAGCGUGACAAAGUAACUCUGUUUACAAACAACUCCUGAAAAUCAAUCAACCCCCACCUUAAUUGCUCAAGAUUGUUCUCUACAAGUCCAAACAUUUGUUGGUUUUUUUUCCGUCCAGUUAUGUCCGAUUACUUGACAAAUCUGUUUUCAACUUUGGAAGAAGUUGUCUGUCAGACGUGUUGAGUGAAACCGCAGUUGUCUGUCAGACGUGUUCAAUGAGCCCGCAGUUGUCUGUCUGACGUGUUCAGUGAGACUGCAGUUGUCUGUCAGACGUGUUGAGUAAGACCGCAGUUGUCUGUCAGACGUGUUGAGUGAGACCGCAGUUGUCUGUCAGACGUGUUGAGUAAGACCGCAGUUGUCUGUCAGACGUGUUGAAUGAGACCGCAGUUGUCUGUCAGACGUGUUGAGUAAGACCGCAGUUGUCUGUCAGAUGUGUUGAGUAAGACCGCAGUUGUCUGUCAGACGUGUUGAGUAAGACCGCAGUUGUCUGUCAGACGUGUUGAGUGAGACCGCAGUUGUCUGUCAGACGUGUUGAGUGAGACCGCAGUUGUCUGUCAGACGUGUUGAGUAAGACCGCAGUUGUCUGUCAGACGUGUUGAAUGAGACCGCAGUUGUCUGUCAGACGUGUUGAAUGAGACCGCAGUUGUCUGUCAGACGUGUUGAGUAAGACCGCAGUUGUCUGUCAGACGUGUUGAGUGAGACCGCAGUUGUCUGUCAGACGUGUUGAGUGAGACCGCAGUUGUCUGUCAGACGUGUUGAGUAAGACCGCAGUUGUCUGUCAGACGUGUUGAAUGAGACCGCAGUUGUCUGUCAGAUGUGUUGAGUAAGACCGCAGUUGUCUGACGUGUUGAGUAAGACCGCAGUUGUCUGUCAGACGUGUUGAGUGAGACCGCAGUUGUCUGUCAGACGUGUUGAGUGAGACCGCAGUUGUCUGUCAGACGUGUUGAGUAAGACCGCAGUUGUCUGUCAGACGUGUUGAAUGAGACCGCAGUUGUCUGUCAGACGUGUUGAAUGAGACCGCAGUUGUCUGUCAGACGUGUUGAGUAAGACCGCAGUUGUCUGUCAGACGUGUUGAGUGAGACCGCAGUUGUCUGUCAGACGUGUUGAGUGAGACCGCAGUUGUCUGUCAGACGUGUUGAGUAAGACCGCAGUUGUCUGUCAGACGUGUUGAAUGAGACCGCAGUUGUCUGUCAGAUGUGUUGAGUAAGACCGCAGUUGUCUGACGUGUUGAGUAAGACCGCAGUUGUCUGUCAGACGUGUUGAGUGAGACCGCAGUUGUCUGUCAGACGUGUUGAGUGAGACCGCAGUUGUCUGUCAGACGUGUUGAGUGAGACCGCAGUUGUCUGUCAGACGUGGUGAAUGAGACCGCAGUUGUCUGUCAGACGUGUUGAUUAAGACCGCAGUUGUCUGUCAGACGUGUUGAGUAAGACCGCAGUUGUCUGUCAGACGUGUUGAGUGAGACCGCAGUUGUCUGUCAGACGUGUUGAGUGAGACCGCAGUUGUCUGUCAGACGUGUUGAGUAAGACCGCAGUUGUCUGUCAGACGUGGUGAAUGAGACCGCAGUUGUCUGUCAGACGUGUUGAUUAAGACCGCAGUUGUCUGUCAGACGUGUUGAGUGAGACCACAGUUGUCUGUCAGACAUGUUCAGUGAGACCACAGUUGUCUGUCAGACAUGUUCAGUGAGACCGCAGUUGUCUAUCAGACGUGUUGAGUAAGACCUCAGUUGUCUGUCAGAUGUGUUGAGUGAGACCGCAGUUGUCUGUCAGACGUGUUGAGUAAGACCGCAGUUGUCUGUCAGACGUGUUGAGUGAGACCGCAGUUGUCUGUCAGACGUGUUAAGUAAGACCGCAGUUGUCUGUCAGACGUGUUGAGUGAGACUGCAGUUGUCUGUCAGACGUGUUAAGUGAGACCGCAGUUGUCUGUCAGAUGUGUUCAGUGAGACCGCAGCCUUCAGCUAAGACCACUGAGGCGUAAAGGCUGUGCUCCAUCAGGGGAGGCAUCCAUCUUCCAUUAGUUGGGAGACUAAAUCACUUUUGCUAACUGGAGAAUCUUGUCUGGUUUCUCAUGUCAUCUGUGGAUGAAGGGAAAUGAUCCUCAAUCAGAUGUUGAAGUUUUGAUCAAACACUGACAUCUAGCGGCCAACAAGAGAACUGCCAUUUUUGAGGGUUUUUUUAUUUUUUAUUUGCCAAUGCAUGUCAGUUGUAUUGUUCCGUUGUUGAAUACCCUUUUAUAAAAAGUACAUGUCAUUAUAAAUAUUUCCAGUUUAUUUUUAAAUUAAUUUAAAGAAACCAUAAAGUAUAAUAUCCUAAGUGAAAUAUUCACUAGCGCACACCACAAUAGUAAAUAUAUACUGUAUAUAAAGACUGGAAUUUUGAUACAUGUCUUGUUUAUCUCUUUAGAUAGCUCACACAUGCAUUGCCAACUCUAAUAACUUUGUCAGUGUUUCACUUUAUUUCUAUUCAUGUUGGAUGCUGAAGGUUGUUUCAUCAUCACAUACAAAGCAAAUGCUCACUUGGGUCUUAGUGAUUGGACUUUACAGCCCUCCAGAUCUGCUUUAUUCUCCACAAUUAAGAGCAUAGUUAUUAUAUAAACAACGCAAAGGUUGACCCUAUCUUUCAAUGCAAUGUAUAAAUGCAGAAGUUAUUUGUAUGUGCAAAACAAACAAAAAACAGCUUGUUUACUUACUUUGA